AUGGACGAGUCCUUAGACUUGCACUUUAAGCACCAACCGCUGGAAACCGCAAGCAAAAGCAUCCGGGUUCUAAAGAUUCUGCCCAGAAGACAACAGUUGAGUCUCAUCGAAUGCACCAUUGAACAUGUUGCACUAUGCGACAAGACCUACGUCUGCUUAUCGUACAUGUGGGGCGACAUAAGUCCAACUCGCGAGAUACUACUCAACGGCCGGAGGAUGAUAGUACGGCAGAACCUGUGGAGUUUUCUCGACAAGGUUAGCUCACAACCGCGACGACGAUUGAAGUCAAUAUAUAGGCUUCCUUUCUGGAUCGAUGCGCUCUGUAUAGAUCAGGACAACCAUAUCCGUGCGCUAUUCGAACGUGGGCAGCAAGUACAAAUGAUGGGCGACAUCUAUUUCAAGGCUGCUUGGGUCUUGAUUUGGCCCGGUAUUGUAGGCAACGCACGAUUGUUAUUGAGCAUUGCACGGGCGAUUCCCAAAGACACAGAUCGUUCCACAACUAUCGACUCAUACAAAGAUCUUUUUCAGAGCCUAGCCAUGUCCUUACUGAAGAGAACUCUGCCAGACGAUUACAAAUCAGUCGAAGAACUGGUCUACAAGGGCUAUUGGGGUCGUCUGUGGAUUUGGCAGGAGAUUCUGCUCAAUAGUGACGUGCGAAUCUUGACAGGCAACGGCCUUUCGCAGUUGGAAGAGUGCUUCCCGCGCUCUUUCCUACACUUAGGCAGCAUACCACGCGCGCCGAAAGUCUGGACCGCCCAUCAAUUAGUCUGUUCCCAUCGAGGACAUAGAGGGUACAUCUGGGCGCAAGCAGAUCCUGCCUUCGGAGGCCCCAUCAGCCUCGAGACAAUGCUGGACCUCACCACUGAUUCGCAGUGCCAGGACUGGCACGAUCGCAUAUACGCUCUGAAAGGGUUGUGCCGCGAGCUAAGAGAUCUGCCGGUAAGAUAUAACAGCCGAAGAGCGCAACUCGCUGGCGAUGUAAUCUGGCAAGUGCUCAAGGAGAGACAUCUGGAAGAACACAGUUGUCUUCUUGAGGACUCUUCGUGGAUUCCAUUCAUACUAAACCGCGAUGCAGGCUUGCUCUGCUGCUUGAUGGAGCGGCUGGAUGUUACCAUUACGUAUACUUGUCCGGAAGUGGUGAGAGGCCACCCAUCACAGAAGCACUCAAGCCGGAUAGAGCUGAAAAUCGUAGAAUGGGAUGGUGGUAAUUUCCUGAAUUAUACGAAAUAUGAGAGCCUUGAUGAAUUCCUGGUACGGGGACUAUGCGAGGGUUGCAUGUUGUAUCAGGCCGAAACAUUGAGGGAGCGCGGCAUCCGGCAGGCGGCGAGCGAUUGGAACGCGAAAGUUGUUCAUCUGUAA